AUGGCUCGUGCUGCUAUCCUUUUCGCCAUCCUCUCGCUCCUCGCCGUCGCUGCCACGGCGUGCAAUGUCCCGCCUGGCGGGUGCCACGUCACCAAGGUGUGCCAGAAGCUCGUCAAUCUCGAGAAAUACAACAUCACGGAGCAGAAUUUCCGCAAGUACUCGCUGAUUGGCUACUUCAAGGGCAUGUUCAACAGCCAGGGCGGCAAGGUGAAACCCCAGAAGCCCGGAUCCGGCCCCCUGAACCUCGAGAUCUUCCAGGAGGUGGGAAAUUUUGUCGAGGUGGUAACCAGCACCAAGGGCAACACCCUCGCCAAGUGCUGCGCGGCGUGUGCGAAAUCCCUGGACUGUUACGAGUACCACUUUUUCGUGAGCCCUCGCAUGGAGGACAACACGAACGUGAAGAACUUCCGCGACGGCGUGCAGUGCUACCUGCUGCAGAAAAACGCGGGCUCGGGCGUCUCAGGCGGGCUCUCGCACCCGUACGCGGGCGACCGGAAGGAGCAGGCGGCCAUGGCGCCGUAUUUCCCGCUGAGCUGGGUGGGCGGGCUGUGCAACGGCAAGGCGACGGUGGAGAACGACCCGCAUCUGACGGGCGCGCACGGGACGCAUUUCGACUUCACUGGGCGGUUGAACAAGGCGUUCUGCCUGCUGUCAGACGAGCGCGUGCAUAUCAACAUGCUGCUGGAUGGCUACCAGGGCACUCCUCCUGCCGUGACUGCUGGCGCUGUGGCUGCUGCUUCUGCUGCUGCUGCUGCUGCUGCACCUAGCACUGGCCUGCACACCUGGAUCAAGGAGGUGGGAGUGGUGUGGGUGUCAGGUGGUGGCAAGCAGCACUCGCUGCGCAUGGUGGCGCGUACAGGCAACCAGCAGGACAGGGGAAGCAAUGGCUUCCUCGCCCUCAUGCAGGUGGACGGUGCUGAUGUGGCACCACCACGCCUCAUGGAGGAGGCGGUGGAGGCGGAGGGGGGGGUGGUGGUGAGCAAGGUGGCGGAGGGGCGGGAGGGGCCGUUUGAUGUGGACCGCUACACGGUGUCCCUGGAGGGGGUGGGUGAGCUGGACGUGCGCAUGAGGGUGGCUCACCCGCUGCUGCAGACCCCAGAGGAGGCGGAGGCGCAUUUCAACAUCGCCCUGACUGAUAUCGUGAGCACCCGUGCGGUGCACGGGGUGUUGGGGCAGACCUUCCGUGACACGCCCGAGCAGCAGAGCAGGGCGCUGCGGUACACACACCUGUCAGCACUGCUGCACCACCCCAUAGCGGCCGACCAGGAGGAGGGGCGCGGCUUCCUGGACGGCAGCGUUGAGGACUAUGUGUCGUCCGGCAUCACUGCUCCCGACUGCCGCUUCUCCGCCUUUGCUGGCCGCCAGGGGGCUGCUGCUGUCGCCGCUGCUUCUGGUGCUGCUGGUGUUGCUGGUGCUGGGGCUGGUGGGGCUGGGGCUGUUGUGGUUGUUGGUGCUGGUGCUGUUGCUGUUGGUGCUGGUGCGGAUGGGGAGGAUGCUACAGAGGAUGUGCUGGCAAGCGUGGUGUAG